AACAUUUCCAUGAAGUCGAAGAAAAAAGUGCAAACGAUUACAAUAUUCUUUAUUUUAUAACACUUUCCGAAAUGGGCGACAAUUUAGCGGAAGCACCCCCGGCUGCCGGUGAUGACGAGGGGUUUUCCGAUGAUGAAAAUGUGACCGAAGAGGCCAUGGACAUUGUACCCAACACCAACCCUGAAGCAGAAGUUGAUGAAGUGUUGAAUGGACCAAAAGCGACAGUGUACUAUGCAAUCCAGACAGCAGAGCCAGACGACCAGGGGAAAGAUUAUACGAAGGAUGAAGUGGAGGAUAUGAUGAGAUCAGAGGCCUAUCAAAGAAAAAUCUCCACUUGCCAUUUAUGUCACAAGAGUUGGUACGACGGGCAACGUACAGAGGACUGCAAGGAAUGUGGUGGCUUUACCCUCACGCGGUCCUGUCCAAUCUGUCUCGGAAAAUGUGAAACCGUUUGGAAUCGUAACGUUAAAAUGUCACAUGCCAUGCAUGAGGCACACUGGGAUGGAACGUGCGGCCUCACCCUGGAAGAGCAGCGCACGUACGCCCUCCACACACUCACCGAUUCAUCAGAAGACUUUCUGUCUGAGGGGUUACAAGACUUAUCAACGAGCUAACGAAACACUGACAAUCAUCGCUGCACCGAUCUCUGUAAAUAAUAAAACCAUAUCUACGUACUAGCAGAAAACCCUAAGACCUUAAGUAUUGUUGAAACAUGUAUUAUUAUUUUUUUUUUAUAUGUAUAUUUUUCAAGGCUUUGUAUAUUUUGUGGAGUGGAAAGCAGUCUUCCCUGCUCAGAUUUCAAGAUGGAGGGAAAUGCUGAGAAGUGAGAGUCGUUUCUAGUCUGUCUCACAGGACACCUUUUUUCAUACCGUGAAAUUUACCUCAAGUUAUUUUUUUCUGAUUGAUUGUUUUCAAAAUACUUAUACUUUCUUCUUACGUCAAACCAAACUGAAAUUAUUUACAAGUUAUUAUUUUUUAGGUUGAUAUAAACUUGAUAGUGUAACUUUUUUUAGACAGCAUUGUGGAAGUUUUGAGGCAAAUGAGGAUAGAAAUAUGAGAUUUAUGUUAUCACACUUUUCAAAAAUCCUAUAACCAGGGCUCAAGCUUAACGUCGAAACCAUUGGCCAUUGCCGUCAUUGAGCUAUAAAUUGCUGUAGAUGGAGAGAAUCUGCCAGUAUUUAACCUUUUCACUUGCAAUAUGUCUAUAUAAAGCAAAAUAACCAUUCAGUCAUGUUUAAAUUGGUGACUGUUAAAACAAAUUUAAAAACCAAAAAUAGUUCAUACAACUGACGGCAAUAAAUUUAAUCUGAUUGGCUUCUUAAAUAUCAAUCCAAACCCACCACUUAGAUUAAGGCUCCACAUGUUGAUUUCUAUUGUCAGGUGACGUACACACGUAUAAUAUAAGUUGUAGAAGCAUCAUGAGGGGUAUAUGGCUUUUUAUGUACCCUCUGUGUGUUCUUUUACCCCGAGCCAAAGGCGAGGGGGUAAAAG